AGAAUGUGGAUUAUUUAUUCACUUGUCCUGCUCCUGAGAAGUGGACGGGCAUAAAGAACCAGGAUGGCACCUAUCGGACUAAAAGCCGUCGUAGGAGAGAAGAUAAUGAAUGGUGUCAUCAAGAAGGCAAGAGAAAAAGGAAAAUGGAAAGUGCUGGUUGUGGACAAGCUGAGCAUGAGGAUGAUUUCCUCAUGUUGUAAAAUGACUGACAUCAUGUCUGAGGGAAUCACCAUUGUCGAAGACAUAAGCAAGUGCCGGGAACCUCUUCCAACAAUGGAGGCCAUCUAUCUGAUAGGACCCUCAAAUGAGACUGUUGAGGGUCUGAUUGAUGACUUCAGAGAUCCCCGGAAUCCGAGGUAUAGAGCAGCACACGUCUUCUUCACUGACACAAUUCCAGAGUCCUUGUUUGGCCUCUUGACCAAAUCUCGAGCUUCAAAAGCCAUGAAGGCCUUGACAGAGAUCCACGUCGCCUUUCUGCCCUACGAAUCUCAAGUCUUUUCCCUGGAUAAAGUGGAUGCCUUUCAGGACUUUUACAGCCCCUUCAAAGCUGAUGUAAAGAACAACAUGCUUGAGGGUUGUGCUGAACAGAUUGCCACUCUAUGUGCUACUCUUAAAGAAUAUCCUGGAAUUCGAUACAGAGGGGAGUACAAAGACUGUGUUGUUCUGGCCCAGAUGCUUCAAGACAAGCUGGAUAGCUACAAGGCUGAUGACCCCAGUAUGGGAGAGGGCCCGGAUAAGUGCCGGAGUCAACUAAUCAUCCUGGACCGAGGAUUUGAUCCAGUGUCACCUCUUCUGCAUGAGCUCACGCUGCAGGCAAUGGCCUAUGACCUGCUUGACAUUGAGAAUGAUGUCUACAAGUUUGAGACCAGUGGAAUGGGGGAGACUAGGACAAAAGAGGUAUUGCUGGAUGAGGAUGAUGAUCUAUGGUUGACACUGAGACACAAACACAUUGCUGAAGUUUCAACGGCUGUAACUCGUUCUCUAAAAGAAUUUUCUGCCAGCAAAAAAAUGAACACUGGAGAAAAGACCACAAUGAAGGAAUUGUCGCAGAUGCUGAAAAAAAUGCCUCAGUAUCAAAAAGAACUAAGCAAGUAUUCCACCCAUCUGCACCUGGCUGAGGAUUGUAUGAACCGCUACCAGGGGACUGUUGACAAGCUCUGUCGUGUAGAACAGGACCUGGCAAUGGCCACAGACGCAGAGGGAGAGAAGAUUAAGGAUCCUAUGAGGCUUAUUGUCCCUAUCUUACUGGAUGCCAACGUCAGUAUCUCUGAUAAGAUACGCAUAAUACUGCUCUACAUCUUCCUCAAGAAUGGUGUGACUGAAGAAAACUUGUGCAAGUUGCUCCAACAUGCCAACAUCCCACCUGAGGACAGUGACAUCAUUUCCAACAUGGCCCACAUGGGUGUGCCUAUUAUCUCUGAGGGCACGGCCAAGAAAACCAAAAAGCCUGACCGUAAAGAACGUGUCAGUGAGCAGACCUACCAACUCUCAAGAUGGACUCCGCUUGUCAAGGAUCUCAUUGAGGAUGCCAUUGAAGAUAAACUUGACAUCAAGCAAUACCCAUAUAUUUCCCAGAGACAAGCAGCAGCCAAAGCCAGUGCUCCAUCAAGCAGUGCUCGCUAUGGUAACUGGCACAAAAACCGAGGACCCACAGAGGUGAAGACUGGGCCAAGGAUCAUUGUCUUCAUUAUUGGAGGCAUGACCUACAGUGAGAUGCGCUGUGUUUAUGAAGUCACCCAAGCAAAUGGCAAAUGGGAGGCCCUGAUUGGUUCCACCCACAUCCUAACCCCUCCCAAGUACAUGAAAGAACUACAGCACCCAGAUUUCCUUGAUCCCAAUGCAGCACCGGAGGGCACUGAGGAGCCGUUAGCUGAGUGAUGUUUUAAAGAAGGGAGACGAAAUCUAGAAUACCCAAGGGUAAAUGUUUACUUGCAUGUGUGUAUUGUCCUGUCUAAUUAUGUUUAAACUGAGAUACAUGCCGAACCAUGAAUUAAGCGUACGGAUACAUAGUAAUUUGGAACUUUUUUGGGGGGGGAUCUGAGCGUGAAAUAAAAAGUUUGAAAUAUUAAAGUGGAACAUUAUCACAAAUUCAGAAGGGUUGAAACCAAUAAAAAUCAGUUAAUAGUGGCGUAAUUUAUUUUUCAAAGUUUU